GUGUGAAUUUGUAAAUAAUGGAAACGAUGAAAAAGAAGAAAUGAAUCUGAAGAAUUUGUUUCAGGACUUCAACCCUAGCAAAUUUCUGGUAUUUCUGUGUUUACUUUUCUUCUCGCUAUUCUACGCUUUGAGGCUUGAUGAAACGAUACAGUGGAGCUACUGGUUGGUGUUUCUACCUAUCUGGAUUUGGAAACUGGUGGUGCUGUCAGGGGCUGCUGUAGGCAGCUAUGUUUGGUGGAAAAAUCCACAGUACAGAGUGGAUGGUGAUGGAUACAUACAGUACAAGGCCAUGGUGAUAAGCAGCAGUGUGCAUCUACUACUUCUCAUGUUUGAGCUCCUGGCCUGUGAUAAGCUGGAAUCAGGACGCCAUAAGUGGACACUAGUCUUCAUCCCCCUCAUGUUCAUGUCUGUUGCUUCUAUAGGCAUCUGCGUGUGGGCUGUUAAACAUGAACGAUCAUUUGAGCUGGAACUGUUCAGUGCUGUAAAUAUUCUCCAGUUUAUCUUCCUCGCUCUCAAGUUUGAUAACAUUGUGCAAUGGAGCUUUGUGAUUGUCUUCAUCCCCAUAUGGAUUGUGAUGUGUGUGGCUCUCAUCGGCGUGCUCUAUGCCAUCAUCCUUGCCAUUAUCCUCAUGAAAUCCCCAGACAUCGUCCCUGAGCAGAGAAGAGGGAAUCUCUCCACAGCUGUGGGCUACACAUUCCUCGUUCUACCACUUCUCGUUUUUGAGAUUCUUUUAUCCAAUCGUCUUGAUGGAGACCAACAAUUUUCAUUCAUUGCCAUCACUGUACCGCUUUUCAUUUCCCUUAUCACUCUCAUCUGUAUGGCAUUUACAUCAAAGGGAGGCAACCACUGGUGGUUUGGAAUACGCAAAGAUUUUUGUCAGUUUCUUCUAAAUGCCUGCCCGCUUUUACAAGAAUACGGUAACAUCGCAUACUCCAUCCACAACAACAGUGACCUGGAGUCUCGAGCUCAGCGGGAAGUGAGCAAGUCCGAGAGUGGCCACUCCAGAAAAGAACUCAUCGAAGAGCAGCCUAAAAUGGUCGUCCCAGUCAUAUCAAUAGAGACCCCUGACUGAGGGGAGGUGGUGUGGUGGUGUGGUGGGAUCACUUUUACCUCACAUUCCCAAGGCAGGUGUGUCAGGCCUGUCAGUGGUAUCUUGGACUCUAAAACUUACCUAAAGUACCUGUCUGUCACCUCAUCAACAGGUGAUUGUUAGAUUGCAGGGGUUACAUGCGAGUAACUUCCAUGGAAGCCAUUGCUGUAGAUAUAACGUCCCAGUGGUAAUUUCGUGCAUGUAGCGCUCCGUGCGCUUAUGGCAAUGGAGCCCAUAUGUUUUACCUGACUGUUAUAGGAGUUGGUAAUAGGUACAGGUCUCUUUGUCGCAGCAUUUCAUGAAUCUGUUCAACUCACAAUAUAAACAUGUUCUGGGUAAAGCAGGUGUAGUGUUUUUUUUAAUGAGAUACUUGAAUAUCAUAUACUGCUGUACAUUUGUAGUUGUAAGAUGGUUCCCUUAAUUAUAAUGAAAGAAGUCAAGACAACACGUAAAUGUAAAGGGUUUCACAAACUUUCCACCGUGUUCCCAACAAGAGGCUUGAAUGUUUGUGAAACAUUUUACAUUUAUGUGGUGAUGCCUGGAUUUCUUCUUUAUUGCUUGUAUAUUUUUUGUGAUAUCAGAUGUUUUGACAGAUCCUGCAAAUUUUGAGCAGAUUCAAAACCCCAGCAAUUCCUAAUAAGUCCUAGAAGCAGGAUUAUUUUGUGUUCACAGUUUUAAGCUACUAGCUACCAUAAAGGCCGACUUUUGCAAAAGUUUCUAAAUCAGAUUUCUUCAGGUUUGUGUCCUUAGUGCAGGUUAGAUCUCAACAACGCAAUAUGAGUUAUGAGGGAAGUUAUGAAAAACUGAGGUACAAAGUUUUGUGAAUAUAUGCUCCAGGUCUACAAAUCUUUUAAGGUUGUUUCAUGAUUAGUAUAACCUGUAUUAUCUGUUAUACAUGCUUAGGAUUGGUAAGUCGCUCUACCACAAUGGAGCUUUAAGACAGACACUUAAGCUUAUAUUGUACCAUUCCGUGGUGAAUAUUACAUGUGAGCAAAAGGUUUUUUAUAAACAAAUUUUAAUCAGUUUUUCAGAGAACUAAAAUACCAGAAACCGUUCUUCUGAAUAUUUAUUAGUUUUAGAAUAUUCAGAUUUUAAACUUGUUAAUUUUCAUAUUUUGAUUCUUUGAAGUGUAAUGAUCUUCCACUAUUUAUUUGCUUUACAAUAUUAAAUACCUUUUGUUGUUGUGCUUUUCUCUCCCUUUAUUUUUUUUUUAAUGUGGAUUGAUGAGAAAAAAUAGGGUAUGUACGUCUAAUAUUUACUGAGUAUGUCUAUCUGUCACAAAUAUAGGGUACCUGGUCACAAAGCUGAUGUGUAGAUGUACAGUGUUUGUCCUUAUGUCAUACCAGAUUGUUUAAAUCGUGGCAACCUGCCAUGUUGAAGGUCAUUAUGGUUCAUAAAGUGUGCGGAAAUACAUCUCAGUACAAAUUAUUUUCUGUAAUGUGUGGAAGGCGAAGAAUGGACGGGCAGUCAACAUCUUAUAAAUACAUGUAUUUAUUACAGUUCUCCUUUUUUCAUGUACAUACAGUGCAAUUAAGUCAGCCAUUUUACUUUUGGCAGAGUGUCUCAUUGUGCGUCUUUGUGGGAAGUGUGUGGUAAUAUACCAUUGGUAUGUUAGACUUGACAACCCUGUGUGGUUUUGAACCAACAACCUCUGGCCCCGUAGCAUGAGCUUGGCAUCCUCACACACAAGCAUGACAAAAGGGGAAUUUAUAUUGGUCCAAUUCACUUGAUCCUGAUUACGCUGGUAUAAAUGACAUCAGUCAGCAUAAAUGUACACAUUUAAAAAAAGGAGACCACUGCUUGGGCCUACAUGUACUUAUUCAUGUUUACUUGUGUGUGUAAAUAUAAUGGAUAAGAGACGUUCAAACCAUAUUAGGUAAUUAUGAAGUACAGGCCUGAUAUAUUGGCUCGAUCUCAGUAAUGAUAUGAGUGAACAUAGGCCUGUCCUCUAUCACAUUGUGUGAACAAUUGCAUGCAUUCCUUAGAAUAUAGUCAGCAGCAAUUAUACUUGUAUAAAGAAUGCAAACUGUUUCUGUAAAUAAGAGAUUUAACUGAAAGAUUUGAUUAUUAUCACUGUUUUGGAUGGAUCUAAAUGGACAGCUGUCUCAAAUUACAUUUGACUGUUAGAAAAGUUGUUUAGUACUGUGGUGUGCAGUUAUCCAGUACUGCGGUGUGCAGGUAUCCAGUACUGUGGUGUGCUAGUCUCCAAUACUGCGGCGUGCAAGUUAUCCAGUAAUGUGGCGUGCAGGUUAUCCAAUACUGUGGCGUGCAAGUUAUCCAGCACUGUGGUGUUCAGUUAUCCAAUACUGUGCUGUGCAGUUAUCUAGUACUGUGGCUUGCAAGAUCCAGUAAUGUGGCGUGAAAGUUAUCCAUUACUGUGGGAUGCAAGUUAUCCAGUACUCUUGUGUGCAGUUAUCCAGUAUUGUGGUGUGCAGUUCAAGUUGUGCAGUACUGUGGUGUGCAGUUAUUCAGUACUGGUUCAAUUUUUUAGUACCAGUGUUGUUAAUAUUGAAGCCUGGACUCAAGUACUGUUAUGAAUCUUUGAAGAUUGUAUCAGAAAUUCCUUAAGUACGAACUGCUAAGAUUUCGAACUCCCAGGUUGUCUUACUGAGCUGACGAGCCAGUGUUUUGUCCAGUAUGACCAUUAGAAUGAGGAAAAUUCUCUUUAAUAGCCAGGCCCAUAUGUAAAAUGUCAGAAGAUAAAUGAUUCCUAUCCCACAUGGGUAACUCCUUCACAUGGUUAUUGGUUUUUAUUUGUUUUUCCUUUAACAUUUUUUGCAUAAAUUUGCACUUUGUCAGAAUUUCCAAGAUGAGUGUUACAUUGCUUUACUGGAGAAAUCAGUUAACCAUUGUAACCAGAAAUAACUUUUUCUAAGGAUAAGGAAUAUGAACACAUUAAAGUCAUAGUAAAAUUACAUCUUAGUUCACCUUUACAUGGAGUAUUGGACAGCAAAAAACAGUAGGUAUUUGAACUGUAUUACAGAUGUGUGUUUAAUUGUAGGCUUAUAUCAGAUCAGAAAUUCUGUGAAUCUAGAUACAUUGCCAAUUGCAAUUUUCUUUUUUGUUUUUAUAGACUGUAAAGGAUUGUCAUCUUCUCAUCUCUGGAGAGAAUCAAACUAUGUGUUUUAGAUAUGACCCCUGUUUGUAAUAAAAUAUCUUUGUUGAAUUUGAA